CCACGCCGCUCAAAUUGCCGACGCGGGUAACGCCUCAGAGGAGAAUCGCCUAGACCUUCUUUUCGAGCUCUCCUCACUCCUCAACACUGGCCUGGACCGAGAAACUCUGGAGAUUCUCUCCAACCUAUGUGAAUUAGGCGUCAAUCCGACAGCACUAGCAGAAGUAGUCUCCCAGUUGCGGAGCGAAAGUUUGAGGCUGGAAAAAGAAGUGCUGGAUAAUCAGAAGAAGGGACUAAAAUGAAUGAUUGUUAUCAGAGAAAUUUGCUCGAAUCGUGAUCGUCGACCUCGAGGAAGAAGCCCCCUUUCUUUGGAGUUAUACUAGCAUCAACAGGUUGUAUUCGCGGCUUUCACAGUCGUUGUUGAUUCCACUUCGAAGAUGUUCGCAUUUGUAUCCGUGGCCGGGUCAUUUCCUUCACAUGGCUAUCGGUCGACGUUGCCUGUAUAAGGUCACUCUAGUUCUAUCUGAAGUCGACUCUUCGAGGAAUAGUCUAAAAAAGGAUAGCGAUUUAGAGAUCUCGACAACUAUCAACAGUAAGUAUUGCCCCAGCCCACACAGACAUCGAAAAACUAGCAUGAAAUCCCAUGAAAGAGAGACGAAAAUAGAAAUGUUCCGGCACGGACCCGGAGAGCGGGUCAAAAGAAUUUGAAACCUUGAAGGUAACGAAAACAUGUCGUGUCAGAGCAUUCGUGCUUGCGCUGCCGACCCUAUCGGGUACUGGUUCCCGGAGUGGUCCUCUGCAGCCAAACGAGCCGAGUCACCAGUUAGAUGGACUCUGAACGCUCCUGCCGAUGUGGAGAGAUUAGUGACUGAUUGGGAGACGUACUUCUUCGACUUUUAACAAGUAUAUUUGAAAUUGUUCAAGGGUUUCAGUCGCUGCAAUAGCUUGAUAUGUCAACGUUCUCAUGGACGGUGGACGUGGACCUACAAAUCUAGUGUCGUGGUCUACAAAACUUCAACCCCAAAAAUCCAUCCCUAACCACAAAAAGGUACCUCGAAUCACGCGCUCUGGACUCCAUGCAUCCCGAUAUGAUCCGCUCACUACUAGAACAGAUAGCGACGAAGAUAGAUCGGGGGUCUCCGGAUCCGGUCUUAGACGACGGCUGCUGCAUAUGGCACGGCUCCUUUUUCGAAGGACAUCCGGUGAUCCACAUGAAGAAGCCAGGGAAGGAUGAUGGUACUUUUGUGGGGACUUGAUCUCUUUCUGCUUGAGGGACAGCUACGGAAGUAGUCAGCGGUAGGUACGACGAUACUGAUAAGAAGAUUUUUAUCCUAGUGGUCGUGAUAGCAGAGUGAAAAUCAAUUCUGUCAAAAGCAUAUCUUGACCACUGGGAUCAUAAAACAACAUCAAUCAACUACCUCCACAUACUCAGGCACCUCAGCAAGCACCCGCAGCUUCGCAGCAGCUUCCUCAGACGACAACGUCCAGCCCACAUACGUGAAUCGCAUUCUGGCUUUCUUUUUCGCCAAUGACAGCCGUUUCAGUGCACUCCACUCGAUGCCGAAGACUGCCUUUCCAAUGUGCUGUGGGCGCAAAGACUGCAUCUCCUUCAAGCACAUAUGGGAUCCACGUGCGACGUCAGGCAUGUUGUCUUCGACAGUCGGUAGUAGGAAAGGAGAGGAGGUGGAUGGUAGAGAAACAACAGGUGCCCAGCAACAUGCCGAAAGUAGUAGCACUAGACGGAAGAGCAACUACAAUACGUCUAGAAGUCCUGAAAAACAGCAGCACCAGCAGAUGAAAGCAUCCUAUUCGCCAGGAGGCAGGCCAUCAACCUAUCAAAGCCGUGACCAACAUUUUUCAGGAGGAGGUGGGCGCACAUCUUCAAUGCAUCUAUCCUCAGGUGCCGCUACACGUGGCUACAGUGCAUCUAGUAGAGCAGCGCCGGUUCUACUGCACAAUCAAAACUACAACUACAGUACCCAUGCAGCACAUAUGCGAAGUCGGAGCCCCGCAUUGUUCUACUCGGAAAACAAUCAGAGCGACCAGGAAGUAGCGGACACUUCACAUCAUGGAGACCAGAACUACGAUGAAAUAUGGGAAGAGGAUCAAGGGGUAGAACAAGAUCAACGUCAUUCGUCUAGCACUCGCAGAAAUGAGCCCUCCAGCACGUCUAAAAGCAGAAGGAGUAGUACAAGAAGUUCUGCUAGUCGGGCUCAGGGGACGUCUAAAAGCAGAAGGAGUAGUACAAGAAGUUCUGCUAGUCGGGCUCAGGGGCGUGAGGAGCGAUCAAGCAGAGGAAGGCGAUGA